UCGGCCGUGGCGGCGGACGGAGCGGAGCCGCAUGUGCCGCUGGGCCCGGCGCUAGUGGCGGAGCGGAGCCGAGCGGAGCGGCCGGGUGUGAGCCAUGGCUGCUGACAUUUCGGAAUCCGGCGGGCCGGACUGCAAAGGCGACCCGAUGAGCACUCCUCCCAAAUUAGAUGAUGCCGAGUACCCGCUUCGCGUCCUUUAUUGUGGAGUCUGUUCAUUACCAACAGAGUACUGCGAAUACAUGCCUGACGUUACAAAGUGCAGACAAUGGUUAGAGAAGAACUUUCCAAAUGAGUUUGCAAAACUUACUGUAGAAAAUUCACCCAAACAAGAAGCUGGACUUAAUGAGGGUCAGGGAACAGUAGGGGAAGAGGAAGAGAAGAAAAAGCAGAAGAGAGGCGGAAGAGGUCAAAUUAAACAGAAAAAGAAGACUGUACCGCAAAAGGUCACGAUAGCCAAAAUCCCCCGGGCAAAGAAGAAAUACGUAACACGGGUGUGUGGCCUGGCGACUUUUGAAAUUGAUCUUAAAGAAGCACAAAGAUUUUUUGCUCAAAAAUUCUCCUGUGGUGCCUCAGUAACAGGGGAGGAUGAAAUCAUCAUUCAGGGAGACUUUACAGAUGAUAUCAUUGACGUCAUUCAGGAAAAAUGGCCAGAGGUGGAUGAUGAUAGCAUUGAAGAUCUUGGAGAAGUGAAGAAGUGAUUUUGAAUAUUUGUCCGUAUUUAAUGAUCUGAACUGAGAGUCGAUAUGGCCAAAGGGAGAGAGAGAGUCCUUUAAAAAUAUAUAUAUUUAUCCUACAGUCAAACUGUGGACUACCCUCACCGUUGGCAUCUUCACUGUUCUGUACAAGGCUGCUUGUUUGUUUGUUUGUUUUUAUUGCCAAAGUCUAAUAAACAGGGGAGACUGUUGUUGCUGAUGCAUAAAAUAGAAUUUAGUCAAAUAAAAAUUUUUGGUCUUUUGGUACUUUUUAACUUUUUAUUUUUGGAUAAACAUGUUUUAUGGAAAGGUUUUCUGUUGAAAAACCACUCAUGAUCUCAUCACGCUACGAUUGUGAAGCUGAGCGACAUUUUCAAGACUUGGCCUUCUUGCCGUCGUGACCGUCUCCUCGCUCCGUUGGCGGCAGUUGGAGGGGCGCGUGCAUUCGAAAGAUCUGUCGAUGCAUUUGCUUCACUGGUCGCGACCACCUCCACUGUGGACACAUUUAACAUGCUGUUGGUAGGGGUUCCGCUGUUUGGGAGAUUACUUGGUAAAGUCUAUUAAAAGCCUUAAAACAAAAAAAAA